GAAAGAACAUCUACGACUCUCUCUUCCUCCGAUCUCAUCAAAAAUCUUUCGUUGAAGCUCUGAUUCUCGUCGGUAAAACAAUUCCGGAGCUUGUCAGAAUCUCAACUUCCGUAGACGGAGAAGGCAGCGAAGCAACAAGGAGUCAAAUUUGUAUAAAUUCAAUGACUGAAGAAAACGACUAUGGAGGUAAUCAGAAGAUACUACAUCAAGGAAGUGGAACUAUACCUGCGCUAGCGGAUGAAGAACUUAUGGGAGACGAUGAUGAGUACGAUGAUCUGUAUAGCGAUGUUAAUGUCGGUGAGAGUUUCUUCCAAGCUCAUAAUCAGCCUCAACCACCAGCUCAGGUCGGUGGUACGGGUAAUGCAAGCCUUCAAGCUCAGAAUAGUCAUGUUGCUGCUGAACCGCGAAUGGGAAUUGUCUCUGGAGGUACGGUUGAAGGGAAGUAUCGAAACGAUGGAGGGCAUAAUGGAAUCAGUGGAUCAGACACAAGAUCAGAUGUUUAUCCACAAGCUUCUUCUUUUGGAGGAAAAGGGUUGAAUAUUGAUAUCCAAUCCAACAAAAUCGGACAACAAGGAUCAACAUCUGUUGUGUUAAACAACCAUGGUUUUUCAGGGAAUGCGGUAAAUGUGCCUGAGCUGCCUGUGCAUAACUCCUAUGGUGCUCCGCCUCAAGGUGCUCAGCAGAUUCCUGUUAGCCAGAUGAGUGUGAAUCCAAAUGUAAUGAUGAACAAAAGCCCUACGCAGCCAUUUGUUGUGGACAAUGGAAACACCAUGCUUUUUGUUGGAGAGUUACACUGGUGGACGACGGAUGCAGAGAUUGAGAGUGUUCUUUCUCAGUAUGGAAGAGUCAAAGAGAUCAAGUUUUUCGACGAGAGAGUUAGUGGCAAAUCUAAAGGGUAUUGUCAGGUUGAAUUCUACGAUUCAGCUGCUGCAGCCUCUUGCAAAGAAGGAAUGAAUGGUUACAUUUUCAACGGUAAAGCAUGUGUUGUAGCCUUUGCUUCUCCUGAAACACUGAAGCAGAUGGGAGCUAAUUUCACAGGGAGGAACCAAGGACAAAACCAAAUUCAAAACAGAAGGCCUCUGAAUGAAGGAAUGGGAAGAGGUAACAACAACAACAACAACAUGAAUACGCAAAAUGGAGAUGGUGGAAGAAAUUAUGGUAGAGGUGGGUUUGCUCGUGGUGGCCAAGGAAUGAGCAACCGUGGAGGUCCUUGGGGUGGUGGAAUGAGAGGUAGAGGGCCAAACAACAUGGCUAGUGGUUCUGGUACUGGGCCGUAUGGGCCUGGACUAGCUGGUCCUGCAUUUGGUGGCAUGAUGCAUCCACAGGGUAUGAUGGGAGCUGCUGGGUUUGAUCCAACAUUCAUGGGUCGGGGUGGUGGUUAUGGAGGGUAUUCAGGUAUUGCCUACCCUGGGAUGCCUCAUUCUUAUCCAGGUGUUAAUGCAAUGGGAAUGGUUGGGAUUGCUCCUCAUGUCAAUCCAGCCUUUUUUGGCACGGGAAUGGGAACAAUGGGUAGCGCGGGGAUGAAUGGAGUUCAUGCAGCAGCGAUGUGGAGCGAAGCUAAUGGAGGUGGUGGUGGUGAAGAGGGUGGUUCUGAAUAUGGUGGGUAUGAAGAUGAAAACCAAGAGAAAGAAGAAAAGCCAUCACGAGAUAAAGAACGGGCUACCACGGAACGUGACUGGUCCGAGAACAGUGGUGACAGAAGACACAAGAGUCACCGUGAAGAAAAAGAUAGUCAUCGUGAGUAUAAGCAGCAGAGAGACCGUGAUUCUGAUGAGUUCGAUAGAGGACAAUCUAGCGUGAAAUCUCGAAGCAGAUCAAGAAUGUCAGAAGAUGAUCAUAGGUCCAGGUCAAGAGAUGCAGACUAUGGAAAGAGGAGACGAGGUGACUGAGAAAGAACCUCUUAUGUUCUUCGUCUCUCUCUUGCUGCAUCUAAACGAGGCCAUUUUUAAGUUACUCUGCCUACUAAAUCUAUCUCUUUAGUCUUUAUUAUCAAAUAUUGGAUACAAUGUUUCUCUAUACUUUAUUUACUGAUAGUCAGUCUUUGGAGACGAGCAUAUAUUUGUAAACUAUGUUUUGUUUUAUUGAUGGUUCUACAUUUGUUAUUGUGAAUCAUCAUAGCUUCAAGAAUGUCGUUUGGUUAAGGGAAAAAAGAUGAAAGGAGACC